AUGUCAUCUAUAUCUGCCACUGAUAAGUCAUCCGGUGAUAGACUCCCAUUGCUGGACUCUACCAACACAAACACCAAUAAUAUUACAACUAUUGCACCAGCAGCUACUACCACCACAACCACACCUUCAAAGUUGACCAGAUACCGUUCCACUUCUUCAUCUACUCACACGCCCCCUCAUACAGCAACUACAACCAGUUUCUCUUCAUCCAUCAAGACUGCGAGCCAUGGAGGAUUCGACGCAUUUGGAUUCAAUACCCCUUUACGCACAUCGUCAACAACUACACAUUUAGAUCCAAAGUCCAUUUUGUCUUCAAUAAACUACGAGCCAAAAACUUACAAUAUGCAAUCAACUUAUUUAUCACCUGCUUCUUCAUCACCACAACAUCAAGCUCAACCACAACAACACUCACCGCAAACGUUUGCAGAAGAACCAGAGAAGGAGAAAGGGUCACCGCCAAAUAAGAAAAAGAAUAGUAAUUCGUCUCCUGCCACAAAAGAGGAACAAGAAGAAGCAUCCACGAGUACUUCUUCCACUGACACUGCUUCCACAACUACCUCAAACACAAGCGUCCCCAAUAAACCAUUCAAUUUAUACUCCGAGGAGAAACCACCUUACUCAUAUGCCACUCUUAUUGGAAUUGCAAUCUUAUCUCAACCUCAAAAAAGAUUGACUUUAGCCAACAUUUAUCAAUGGAUAUCAGAUACCUUUAACUUCUACAAGAAGGAAGAAGUUGGGUGGCAAAAUUCCAUAAGGCACAACCUAUCACUCAAUAAAGCAUUUGUCAAGGCAGAAAAGUCUAGAGAUGGUAAGGGCCAUUAUUGGCGUAUUAAACCAGGGUUUGAAGAACAGUUUUUGAGAAGCAGAAGUGUGAAAAAGUCGUCUUAUCAUGAAGUUAUGGAUCAGCUCAAUUAUGCUACAAAAAUGAAUGCAGCUAUGGCAGCAGCUGCUGCUGCAGAUGAGGAUGCAAAGGCAACAACUACAACUACAACGAUUACUGAAACCGCGAAUCCUUCCGUUUCUAAUACGACCAAGGAGACCACAACUGCUCCAACUCAGACUAAGAGGAGUACCAAUGGAUCCACCUCCAUAAAAAGGAAAAGAAAACAGCCAAUUAUGUUGAUGUCAUCUCCAACCAUACCCCAAAAGAAAUUAGUUGAAGAUGACAGAGAUUUUAGUGUUUCUGAGGAUAACGACGAUGAAUACGGAGAAGAGGAUAUUACUAUAUUGGAUCCUCCUGUCAAAAAGUUCAAGUCUCAGCGGAAUAGUGAUGAUGACUCAGAAGAAGAGGAUUUGCUAUCCCAAGCAUUGACCAAACUGAAAUCAGGAAACUCCUAUCUCUCUGAGUUACCAGCAUGGGCUGCCAACACUUUAUAUUCCGAAUCACCGACUAAACUACCGCCAAUUUCUCACCUCACGAAUUCAGUAUUAUCAACGCCAAAAUCAACUCCAAAUAGCAAUUCAAACAGAAGCAACGGUAACAUUAAUGUACCCCAUUUUCACAUAACUGAAUCUCCUGAGAACCCCAUAUUUGCAGGAAAGAACUUGACAUUUACGUCAUCGUUCAGUUGCAACUCAAAUUUCGAACUUUCACCAAUGAGGACGAGUGAAACAGGACCAUUGUUGGAGCCAGUUACUCCAUCAAACAAUAACGCAAAAGGAAGUGGCUGUCAUCCACAAAUUGCACAAUUGGCUCAACUGCAACCUCUGCUGGUGCUGCUGUCGGCCCACUUGCAACACACCAACAGCAUAUUUGGAUCCACAUCAAAGCAAAUGUUUAUUUUCACAAGAACACCCAAAUCCGUAAGUACACCACUACGUAAAACUCCAACCACAAACUCCAUAAUAUCGUAUCUUGAAGAGUAUUUCAGUCCAUUAAAUGAUAACAACAACCAACUGCAACACAGUCAACCACUACUUCAUCAAUUGCCCUUUGCAAAUAACCUACACAUUCCAGCUCUGCAUCCAUUACACUAUAUACAAACGCCAACCUCGACUAAUGCAACUACAUCAUCGUCAUCCAAUGCUGGUUCAUUGUUGAUGCAACUGACCAUGCUAUCGGGCUCUGUGUCAUCGUCGACCUCCUCGACAUCAGCUUCUUCGUCGCACCUGAAAUUGAACAACGUCGUCGCCAGCAGCAGCAGCGCUAGCACUAGCACUAGCACUAGCACUAAGGACUGCGAAAAGGACGAUGGCGGAUUCACCGCUUUCCAAUCGAGUCCAUUUUUAAAACGCGGGUUUAGUGAGAGUUCGAAAAGCAGACGUUUAAUUCACGAAUUGGAAAAGUUGCAGCGUGACUCUUAG